CGGUUGGAAGAGCGGCGCGUCAACGUGCUUUCGGCUUUGGAAUCGAAGAAUCGGGCAGAACGAACAGACAACAAAGUGCAUGGGAGAUUCGUGCGUGAUUUGCAGAAAACUGUCGCCGGGUGCAAUUGUGAAAUGCAUAGAGAGGGGAAAGAGUGAAGAGUAAAUGCAAAUGUGAGUGCCAGUGGCAGAGAGUGAGAGCGGGGAGUGCCCCCAUCAAAUCGCAUCAUUUGUCGCUGAGCAUCUGAUGCGGCCGCAUCUGAUUCCGACUGCUGGAAAACACUUGGAGCUUGGAGCACACAAAUCUCGUUGCCGGAUCGGGGUCUGUCACUCGGUCUCUGGGGUGAAGUGUCGCGUCGUGACGAUUCUCGAUUUCAAUUAAAGUCUACUGCUGGCAGCUAUAACAUCUUAUUAACUCUCAACUGUGCGCUCUAUUAAGAAGAUUAUACAUAGACAAGACAGCGAAUAACACAAAAAAUAACAUUACUACGUCGGACUGACCCAGAAACUCCAAGGGAAACUGGGUCAGAGUGCGAAAUAAUCGUGCAGUGUGGUACGAAACGGAAUGAACUUGGAACGAGCAGAGCAAAAAGUGCCACAAAAAAAAGCUGCGCCAUCAUAAGUGAGAUUCUUAGUGGAGUCUCAGGUGUUGUGGAGACACUUCCGUGGUGGGAAUACAUGACGUUGGUUCGCCCAACAUGAAAGGCAUCUGCGGGGAGCAGCUCAACAAUUGCAUGCUGCUGGGCAACUGCGACAACGUCGGAGAUGGCGCAACAAUAGUUGGAGCUGAAGAUGGAGUUGGCGGUGCAGGCAGUGGCGGAGUUUUGGCUGCCUCGGCGCGUCGCAUCCGCUUGCGGCAGGUGCAGAGCAUGGCCGUGCCAGCGACCAGCGCCUACGACACACUGGAGCGACCCUAUCGGCAUGACAAGGCGCGCGGACGCUGGGCCAAGUCGGCAGACUUUUAUUUCGCCAGCUGCACCCAUGCCUUCACCUCGCUAAUGUUCUCGGACCUGCCCACCUUCGGCCUCAUACACGGCGGAUGGGUAUUAUUUAUAAUCGCGUAUCUUAUGGGCAUAUUCUUCUAUUCCCUGCCCAUAUUUUUGAUCCAAGCAUUUCUGGGACAGUUUUCCACAUCCGGAUCGAUAUCAGCAUUUCGUGUGGCGCCCAUUUUUAAGGGCAUCGGCUAUUCCAUUCUGCUCAUCAAUCUGGGAACACUCACGUACUACAGCAUUGGUGCGGUGGUGCCACUGAUCUACGCAGUGAACACUUUGCACGCGGUGAUUCCAUGGACGCACUGCAACAAUACGUGGAAUAGUCUCGACUGCUCCACACACGACAACUACGAUCCCGAUGAUCUUAGUGUAGAUCCACAUUCCACUGUGGAGUUCUUUCGUUCGAUGAUUGCCUCCACGGGCGAAGGCUCUACUGCACUGAGCAUCUCCUUGCCCAUGCUCGUGGCUGUGGUGGCCAUUUGGCUGCUGGUUUUGGCACUUCUACUCAAGCCCAUUGCCUUUAUUGGCAAGGCGCUGCGUUGUGCCUGUGUCCUCAUGUUUGCCUGCUUCGUGGCCGUUUUCUUUUAUUUGGCCAUACACGAGCGCGUGGAUCUGGGCACCAUACACAGCUACCUGUUGCCUUCGUUCUACAAUGUGGAGGGUCUUUUGAGAGCUGGCAGCUCUGCCUUUCUAUUGGCUGGCCUGGCCCUCGGUCCCGGCUGUGGCAGUGUCAUCAAUCUGGCGAGCUACAACAGCUUUCGCAGCGAUGCCGAGCGCAUGAGCGUCUGGGUGUGCCUCACACAUGCCACCAUUGGCCUCCUGGCCAUGCUCUGCUGCAAUGUGGCACACGAUCACUUCGAGGAUCAUGUGGGCAUGCUGCCGUUGCAUGUGGACGAGAAGCACGAUAUGCAGUACUUGUAUCUCAGUUUCUCGUAUCUUUUUGGCCGCUUUAGUACAGCGUCCAAUCUGUGGGCUUUUCUGUUCUUUCUUAUCAUCUUUUUGGCUGAAAUUUCUGCAUUGACGAUCCAACUCCUCUCUGUGCUGACGUCGCUCUUCGAUGAGUUUGAGUGUUUGAGAUGCAGAAAGAUGCCAAUUAUUUGUUUUCUGGUCUUUGGCCUAGCGGCCACUUCCCUGUACUUUUGUACGCAGUUGGGCUUCAGUCAGCUGAAUCAGCUGCCACGACUGGCCAUGUUCUCGCAUGUCCUCAUUUCGGGUGUUCUCGUGCUGAUGGCCACUUGGGUCUAUGGCCGUGUGCGCUUCCAGUGCGACUUGCAGUUCAUGCUGGGCAAAACGAUCUCAAGCUUUACCAUAUUCUUCAUACGCUUUGCCACGCCCAUCUUUCUCGGACUGUGUCUGUGUCAGCUCGUCUACUUUUUGAUAAGCUUCAAUGAAGUCCCUCAACUUCUCAUGUGGCUGAGCCAGGGACUGAUCUUCCUCGUGGCCAUCGUUUAUAUGAUCUACAAGGUGACCAAAACGAAUGGCAGCUGGCGGCAGCGACUGCAACAGUGCCUGGCGCCACAUGACUGGCAUCCGGUGGAUGCGGACAACCGUCGCUUUUACGAGGAGAUCAUGGGCAUAUCCGAGAUGCUGGUGAUCGAUGCCAAUGCCAAUACCACAUAGUGCCUGUACUGUAUAUCAAAAUACUCUUAGAAGCGAAUCAAAACAGCGCCUCUGGGGGGGCCGCGUUCGUACUUAAGUCGCAGUCCACCAUGACACAUGAAUGACGAGGAGGAGACGUUCAUUCAUUCUCUGCCGCAGGUCGCGGCUCGAACUGAAACUCACUUUUAUUAUACACACCAUAAACGAAAUCACUCAGAUCAAGUGCAAUUUGCUGUUGGCUGACUUUUUUGAUCGAGCUGUACUGAUAUUUUCCACAUGCCUAGCUAUAGUCAACAAUAAACUGGUGAUAUUUAGUAGUUGCCUACACAAAAAUUAAAA